UUUUUAGGGAAAAUGUGGGAAGCUGAUCAACCUCCCCCAGAGAAAGGUUAGAGCCCAGAGAAACUCAGAACAGGUCUCCCUGUGCAGCCACAGCAAAUGUCCAACAGCAGCUCCAUCAGCCACUUCCUCCUGCUGGCACUGGCAGACACGCGGCAGCUGCAGCUCCUGCACUUCUGCCUCUUGCUGGGCAUCUCCCUGGCUGCCCUCCUGGGCAACGGCCUCAUCAUCAGCGCCGGAGCCUGCGGCCACCACCUGCACACGCCCAUGUUCUUCUUCCUGCUCAACCUGGCCCUCAGCCACCUGGGCUCCAUCUGCACCACUGUCCCCAAAGCCAUGCACAAUUCCCUCUGGGACACCAGCACCAUCUCCUACUCAGCAUGUGCUGCUCAGCUCUUUUACAUUAUGUUCUUCAUCUCAGCAGAGCUUGCCCUCCUGACCAUCAUGUGCUACGACCGCUUCGUGUCCAUCUGCAAACCCCUGCACUACGGGACCCUCCUGGGCAGCAGAGCUUGUGCCCACAUGGCAGCAGCUGCCUGGGCCAGUGCCUUUCUCAAUGCUCUCAUGCACACGGACAAUACAUUCUCCCUGCCCCUGUGCCAGGGCAAUGCCCUGGGCCAGUUCUUCUGUGAAAUCCCACACAUCCUCAAGCUCUCCUGUUCCAAAUCCUAUCUCAGGGAACUGGGGCUUCUUGCUGUUAGUGUCUGUUUAGGAUUCGGAUGUUUGCUGUUCAUUGUUUUCUCCUAUGUGCAGAUCUUCAGGGCUGUGCUGAGGAUCCCCUCUGAGCAGGGACGGCACAAAGCCUUUUCCACCUGCCUCCCUCACCUGGCUGUGGUCUCCCUGUUCCUCAGUACCGGCACAUUUGCCUACCUGAAGCCCCUCUCCAUUUCCUCCCCAUCCCUGGAUCUGGCCCUGUCAGUUCUGUACUCGGUGGUGCCUCCAGCCCUGAACCCCCUCAUCUACAGCCUGAGGAAUUCGGAGCUCAAGGCUGCACUGUGGAGACUGAUGACUGGACCAUUUCAGAAACAGUAGACUUAUAGGCUAUUCCCCAAAUCACAUCAAAUAAAAGUAAUCUUUGAUUCUU